GCUGGAGGUCGUGUGGGACUUGCUCGUCGGGCGCUAUCAAAACAACGAAAGCUCAAACUACGCAGAAACGAGUGCGAGAGAUCAGUGUGUGCGUCGAUGUGCGAGUGAGCCGUGACUGCGCAGGUGUGUCCAGCGGGAGGGUGACAAGGAAAAAAGUGCAAUGGCGACCGGAGAAAAGUGUCUUUAUUGUUCCUGCCACCCAGUUAAACUCGAGGAGGAGAACCUCAGCCCCUGGAGAAAACGUCUCCCCUGAGUCUCCCGACCACGGUCAGUAGGAAAGGCAAAAGCCCCUGCAGAAAUGCUUCCUGGUCACACACCAAUAGGUCUAAUUGUGGAACUGGGCAGUUAAUCACCCCAAAUGGACAAGAUUGAGAGCACACAAGGACCUCAACACAAUGUCUAUAGGCUGCCCUUAUCCAGCUGUUGUUGACCCUUCUGCUUGGCUUCUCUGCCUGUCGGGCUACUGUUUGCUCCUGCCUAUCUGGGUGUGCAGAGCCAUGAAGAUCCCACUGUGGUGCCUGCUGGUUCUGCUUCCAUGUUUCUUCACCCCUGGUCGCAGCGAUUGCCAGGGAGACUGUGUGGCCUGUGGUCUGCUCCUGCAGGAGCAGCAACUGCAUGAAGAAUUCAACACCAUGGCAUGCUUUUUGGAGUGCAAGGGUCAGGUCUCCUCCUCGCUCACCUGGGAGUUGUGUGAACGCGCCCUAAAGCUUGCAGUUUACCCUCCAUUAUCCGAGGAAGGCGCCCUGCUCAAAAGCAUGGUGGGAGAGCUGCAAAUGACCUCUCUGGAUCUGGCCUCUGACAGUGAACUGCAAUCUGCAGCGGCGCAACCUUUCCAAGAUGAGAAUGAGGACCUGGAUGAGGCCCAUUUUGAGCCACGACAUGUCCAGUAUGACUCAUCACUGCUAGAAUCCUCAGAGGCGGGGGAGGACAUGCAGAGUCUGGCUCUCCAUCUGGAUGACAGCGAAGGCGCGCAGAGUGAAAGUGGUAAAGUCAGCGAGCAGGAUGAAAGCUCAAAGUCCAUCAGCUUAUCCAAACGCUUUGGCGGCUUUCAGCGGGGCCGCCACGGUUACAGGAAGUUGAUCGGUUCCCCCGCGAGACACCUACAGAAGCGCUACGGAGGCUUCAUAGGCGUCCGCAAAUCUGCCCGAAAAUGGAACAGUCAGAAACGGGUCAACCAGCUGCUCAGGCAGUACCUUGGCAUGAGGAGCAGCCGCAGCGGCCGUUUCAACAUCUACCCGGUAACAAGAGUUUGGAGGCAAAACAAACUGUAAACAUGUUACCCAAAAUCUCCGCAUACCUCAGUCAUCUUUUCAACAGUCUGAACUGUGACUUUCUCCAUUGUCAUCAGCUCUUUGUGUCCAAUGAGUUAAACAAGGAAUGCUUUGACCAUGAUCAAUAUUUAACAUGCCGUCCUGUGAAAUAAAAGAAUUAGAUAAGUGCAAUUGAAUAUAUUCUUGUGUGUUGGUGUAAUGAGAUAGACAGGGCCAAAUGAGAUUGGAAAAACAAGGUGUGACUUUUGAAUGCACUUCCAAGAAUGGUACUUAAAAGUCAUUUGCACUUUAGUUUGGGAGCCCAGACAGCCAAGCCAGCUUUCAUUAGCUGCGUUGAAUAAAUUGAAAUGUCUAGACUUGGGCGUUCAAUAUUCUAGUUUUUCUUUUGAAUUGGGCCGAAUGCUAUCCCCAAACUCACAAGAGUGGAGUUUGUGGAGCUGUGAUUGUGCUGAAGCCUAGUGCUGCUUCCCCCGACACAUUUUGCAACAUACUGAAAAUGUGUAGUGACUUUUCUCCUUCGAAAGCAAGAGAUUCAAUCACCGCGCUCUGCUUCUUACAGGCAUCCAACAAUGACAUUAUUUCCAAAAUGUCAGACAGGAUGAAAGAAAACCUAAAAAAAAAAUUCAUAACCUUCAAACAAGCAUUUAAACUACAACGUGAAUGUUUCUACAUUACUGGGGGUGAGUUUAUUAUAUGAAGGUUCAAUUAAAUUGGGCCCAUUACUUGUUUGGAUCUAAACUCUUUUCAUGGUGAACCUUCAUGGUCCACAUAAGACGACACGGACAGUGGGCUCUUAGGGGCCUUAAGUUUGACACACCUGUGCUGUAAUUGGACUUCCAGAGAUUAUUAAUUGACACCGGACUGUUGAUUUUUCUCCUGCCAUUUAUGCUUCACGAAUUAAAGGCCAGAAAUCGAUUUCAAGAUUUUUCUACCUGACACAUCACCAAAUUGCAUCUCUUUUCUAAAAAAAAGAAACAAUGCUUUACGUACCUUGGAGCCUUUUAAGGUGAAAUAAUACUGCCCUCUAGCGUCUCAGAAGGAUGCAUGCUGCCAAUAACGUGGUUAAUGUGGAUUUAACCCCCCACCCCCACCCCACUGCAGUCACGAUGAAAUUAGAAAGCACAACAAACCAUUUGCUCUGAACUCUCUCUGUGUAAUGAGACCGAAAUUACAUAGUUAGCUCCUGGAACUUUCUCCCCUCUGAAAAUUAUUAGGGAGUUUUGACAAAAUGGCAGUUUAAAAAGAAAAGUCAAUGGUUAGUUCGUAGAUUUUCCCUUAUUACUAGUAAUUGAAAAUUUCUAACACUGUGAUGCUGCAGAAAUGAAGUCACAUGUCCAACAUACAGUAUUGUAAUACGGAAAACCCAAGAAAGGAAAGACUAAUUUGUACUGAGGUCAAUGGAGCUGGAAAUGGCCUGGGCCUGUCAUUGUGUGUGUGGCACACCGUGGAAAGGCAAAGGAGUUUUAAAUGACACCAUCUUAAUGUGUCUUUUAAGAGCAGAGGGGAGGAAUUAACGGUGCAUGUCAGUCAUGGUCAUUAUUGUCCAAAAAAAAAAAGUGGGGGAAAAAAAGUUCAUUUUCCUUUACUCGCAGCCACAGUCAUUGUUUUACAUCUUAAUAGUGUAUUCUGAGAUGUAAUGAUGUUGGUACAGUGUGUGUGAGUAUGUGUGUUUAUGUGUGUGUGUGUGUAGAGCGUGCCUGAGAAACGGUGCACAUGCAUGUGUGUGUGUUUCUCACAUCACAUCAUGACAUUUGUGAAUGCAAUGUCAAUUUCAACAAUUUUAACAUUAAAAAUCAUUGUUGGAAGUCUUGCUAAAAUUGUGUAUAGA